AUGAAGUCUAGAGCACAGAGGUGUGAGAAGGUGAUGUCGGGAAGAACCAGUAAAAUCUUUGUGGAAAGAAUAGCCGUCGAUCUGAAUGAGAUAUACGAGGGAAAUAUCGAGUUGGACCAUCAGGCUUCACUUUGGCUAAAAAGUAGCGAGACAUUAAAUUUAAUGGCAACUAAAAUAUGCGUCUAUUUUUUAGAAGAGGUUGUUUUUGUGGAGGGAAGCAAGUCGUUACUUAUUCUUGUGUUUCUUGCUCAAAUUGGUUCAUACCAAGUAAGAGCACAGCGAUUUUCUAUUGAAAAACGCAAACUUGAAGAAAGUGAAAUAAUGAUAUUUCUAAUAAACACUUAUUAUAUCCAUUCGAUGAACAUCCUCAGUUACUUAAACCAAGAUCCAAGCUCGAUCAAUUGUCUACCUACCUUUGUUACCUAUCUUCGUCCAAAUUUACUAAUGAUGCUCGAACGAGGUUUUGGACAAUAUGAACAAUUUUAUAUUGCUCCCAUAAUCAAGACAGAGAUUUCAGUGCUGUGGCCACUUCAAAGCUUUUCAAGCACAUCGCAGCUCAAGUGUGGGACAAUAGAACCGUGGCAAGUUGGAAUUUGA